CGUGAAGCCGCUUCUCGGAGAUUCUUCCUUCACUCUCUCUGGUCUGGUGGACUCGUGAGGUCUCUCAGAUUCUUAAAAACCUUUUUUUGACUACAUUUCAAAUCGCUCGCGCUAUUUCGCCGCACUAAUCAAAGCCGUACACCUUUUUUAUUUAUUUAAUUUCUCCCUUUCUCCGCCGCCGUGCCGCCGGGAAAUCAUCACUGUAUAUUCGAUAAACAUGGCGACUCUAAAGCCGUCAUUUACUCUUUCUCCGCCGAAUACUAAUCCGAUUAGAUUUGGAUGUUUUCCGCCGCAAUGCCUUGUCCGUGUCCCGAAACCUCCUUGUCUCCGGCGGCGUCUUGUAUUGCCCAGGUUUCGGCAGACUAUUGGCGGCGGCGGCGGCGUUGGUAUGAUUCGAUGUGAACUUCCGGAUUUUCAUCUAUCAGCUACAGCUACUACUGUUUCAGGUGUAUCGACUGAGAAAUCAGUGGAUCAAGUUCAGAUUCCUAAGGGUGAAAUGUGGAGUGUUCAUAAGUUUGGUGGGACUUGUGUUGGGAACUCUCAGAGGAUUAGGAAUGUUGCUGAGGUUAUAAUCAAUGAUAAUUCUGAAAGGAAACUUGCGGUUGUCUCUGCAAUGUCCAAGGUCACAGAUAUGAUGUAUGACUUAAUCCGCAAGGCACAAUCACGAGAUGAUUCUUAUUUAUCCGCCUUGGAAGCUGUCCUGGAAAAGCAUCGGUUGACGGCUCGUGACCUUCUCGAUGGGGAUGAUCUCGCUAGUUUCUUGUCACAUUUGCAUAAUGAUAUUAGUAAUCUAAAAGCAAUGCUUCGUGCCAUUUACAUAGCUGGCCAUGCAUCAGAGUCGUUUUCAGAUUUUGUUGCGGGACAUGGGGAACUUUGGUCUGCUCAGAUGCUAUCAUAUGUUGUCAGAAAGACUGGGCUUGACUGCAAGUGGAUGGAUACUAGAGACGUGCUCAUUGUUAAUCCCACCAGCUCUAAUCAGGUCGAUCCUGAUUUUGGUGAAUCUGAGAAGAGACUCGAUAAGUGGUUCUCCUCAAAUCCAUCGAAAAUUAUUAUUGCAACUGGGUUCAUUGCUAGCACUCCACAAAAUAUUCCAACAACUUUGAAAAGAGAUGGGAGUGAUUUCUCUGCAGCUAUCAUGGGUGCUCUAUUGAGGGCUCGUCAAGUAACAAUCUGGACAGAUGUUGAUGGUGUAUACAGUGCGGACCCUUGCAAAGUUAAUGAGGCAGUAAUACUCCAGACACUUUCUUAUCAAGAGGCCUGGGAAAUGUCUUAUUUUGGAGCAAAUGUUUUACAUCCUCGCACCAUCAUUCCUGUGAUGCGAUAUAAUAUUCCGAUUGUGAUAAGAAAUAUUUUCAAUCUCUCUGCACCGGGAACAAUAAUCUGUCAACCUCCUGAAGAUGAUUAUAACCUUAAACUGACAACUCCUGUCAAAGGAUUUGCAACUAUCGACAAUUUGGCUCUCAUAAAUGUUGAAGGUACUGGAAUGGCUGGGGUACCCGGUACUGCUAGUGACAUUUUUGGCUGUGUAAAAGAUGUUGGAGCUAAUGUGAUUAUGAUAUCACAGGCUAGCAGUGAGCAUUCUGUAUGCUUUGCCGUGCCUGAGAAGGAAGUAAAUGCUGUUUCUGAGGCACUGCGGUCGAGAUUUAGUGAAGCUUUACAAGCUGGACGUCUGUCUCAGAUUGAGGUUAUACCAAACUGUAGCAUCUUAGCAGCAGUUGGCCAGAAAAUGGCUAGUACACCUGGAGUUAGUUGUACACUUUUCAGUGCUUUGGCAAAGGCUAAUAUUAAUGUCCGAGCUAUAUCUCAAGGCUGUUCUGAGUACAAUGUUACUGUCGUUAUUAAACGUGAAGAUAGCGUUAAGGCAUUAAGAGCUGUGCACUCGAGGUUUUUCUUGUCAAGAACUACAUUAGCAAUGGGAAUCAUAGGACCGGGCUUGAUAGGUGCUACAUUACUUGACCAGCUGAGAGACCAGGCUGCUGUUCUCAAACAAGAAUUCNUGCAAAGUUAUCUGACAAAUCCUAAUCUCAAUUCCAAACUGCGGAUGAUCAUUCUGUUUCAAUACCACAUGACUUGUACCUAUGUUGUUUAUUGCAGUGGUAUUGAUUUGUCGAGAUGGAGAGAACUUUUAAACGAGAAGGGAACAGAGGCCAAUUUGGAUAAAUUCACUCAACAAGUGCAUGGAAAUCAUUUUAUCCCCAACUCUGUAUUGGUUGAUUGUACAGCAGACUCUGUUAUCGCGAGCCGUUACUAUGAUUGGUUACGGAAGGGAAUCCACGUCAUUACCCCAAAUAAAAAGGCUAACUCAGGUCCCCUUGAUCAGUACUUGAAACUGAGAGAUCUUCAAAGGAAAUCUUAUACACAUUACUUCUAUGAAGCCACUGUUGGAGCUGGUCUUCCAAUUAUCAGCACUUUACGUGGUCUCCUUGAGACAGGAGACAAGAUACUACGCAUAGAGGGCAUUUGUAGUGGAACUUUGAGUUACCUAUUCAACAACUUUGUUGGAGACCGAAGUUUCAGCGAGGUUGUCGCUGAAGCAAAGAAAGCAGGUUUCACUGAGCCUGAUCCAAGAGAUGACUUAUCUGGAACUGAUGUUGCAAGGAAGGUGACAAUCCUCGCUCGAGAAUCUGGACUGAAAUUGGACCUCGCGGAUCUUCCUAUUAGAAGUCUCGUCCCUGAACCGCUAAAAGGAUGCGCUUCUGCUGAAGAAUUCAUGGAGAAACUUCCACUAUAUGACGGGGACCUAGCAAAAGAAAGGCUAGAUGCUGAGAACUCCGGGGAGGUCCUGAGAUAUGUUGGUGUGGUGGACGCAAUUAACCAAAAGGGAACAGUUGAACUUCGGAGAUACAAGAAAGAACAUCCAUUCGCGCAGCUGGCGGGUUCAGACAACAUAAUAGCAUUCACAACAACAAGGUACAAGGAUCAUCCACUUAUUGUCCGAGGACCUGGAGCUGGUGCUCAAGUCACGGCCGGUGGUAUAUUCAGCGACAUACUAAGGCUCGCAUCUUAUCUCGGUGCACCGUCCUAACCGGUGGAAAAAAACCCCCACAUUAAUUAUCAGUUUUGCUAUCUGUUUUUGCGCUUAAAGUAUCAGCUACGAAUCAACAACUUUUUGCUGGUCUUUGUAAUUUUUGUGGUAAUGUACAAUAGCGACUAGUUUGUUGUUUUUUUUUUUGAAUAUUUUUUUAGAUCUAAACGAUGUGCAAUUUAAUAAAACGAAGCAUUUCUUUAGAAUA